GCUGGAAUGAUUUCAGUCACUACUGACCAAGGUGUGACAAUUAACAUCAGACAAGCAACAGGCAACCUGAGCCUUACUGAAUGCCAAAUGUGUACCAGGGAAGGGGAUUGUAAUUCGGAGUAUCAGAUCCUUCCGGGAGACACCCUGUUCUUCAACUUCACCUGCAGUGAUCCCGAGCACAACUUCAUCAUGGAAGUUAAGAAAGAUAUUGCUGAAGCUGAUGACCUCGAAGAUCUUCUACCUCAAAAUCUCCCAAGGCUGAACACUACAUACAUCUGGGCCAUCAAUGUGCUUUACAAUGUUGGUGUGUGGAUAAAGUUUCCUCAGGAUCACCUACAACAGAUAGAUUCUGGCCAUUGUGCAGACUUGGUGAAGUACAUGAUUAAAGGACAUGUCAGUUAUGACAAUAAAAAGGAAGUACUUGUUGGUACCUUUUGUAGGAAUGGGACUAUUUACAGUCUGAAGAUUCAAGGCAGAACACUGAUAGCCCUUGAGGUUCCUUGGACCACAAUGAUUGAUGAUCCAGGAUUUGAACUUACUUUUGUGAAGCCUAUAAAAAGGUUCAGUAUGGUUGAAGUGAUGCUACAGCCAGGUACUUCAGUACACUUCAUGUCAGCAAACUGGCCCCAGGAUUUUCCGAAUGAUGAACUAAUGACAUGGACCUUCGCUGUUCCUUUCAACCACCAUGCCAAUGUUACAGUGGAGAACUCCACCUUCCCCAGCUGUGUGAAAAGGGAGGCAGGCUGGUUUUUUGGCCCAUCUGUGCUCACAAAGAAGUUAAACCAAUUUCACAAACGUUUCAUGCUGACUUUGCAGAACUGUGAUGUGGAUAGUUCAAGCGCCACUGGACUGACAUUGCACUUUAAAGUUGAGGUCUUUACUGACUAUGGAGAGAGGUUUGAAAUUAAAUUGAGGAAGGAAGAUGGUGUUUCGGUGAAAUUUAAACAGCUGUUGGAAGACAGCAAUGGCUUGCUCUGCGUCUGCAAGUUUCCUGUUGCAUCUGACUGUGCCUCUGAGCUGCGACUGAAUCCUGGUGACCACCUCAAUAUCUCCUUCAACUUCCAGUGUAACAGAGCAAAGGACAUUGCUGUGGAAGCUACCAGGAAUAUAUCCUGUAAAGACCAGGACAAGUGCUCGGUGAAGAAUGUCGAUCUCAUCCUGCCAGCUCAGCUUACCACCUUGCCAGUGCCUCAACAAACAUUCAAGUGGGUCCUUGAAGCUCCACCUGAGAUGGCGAUCGAGUUAGCUGCCAAACGGCUGAAGCUCCAACAACUUCUUCCAGGCCGAAGCUGCGAUGGCAACUUGACUUACAACAUGAGUACGUUCUGUGAGAAUGGGGCCAGGUCCACAGUGGGUCUCUUCUGUCCUGGCGGAGCAAUGGAACUGAUCCAGACCACUGACAGUGUGUCACUGGAACUUCUGACAUCGGAUGGGUGGAACUCCAGCGACCUAGACAUCAGCCUGUCCUUCGUUCCACGUGUCACAGAUGACUAUAUAAUGAAAGUCACCCCAGAAGCUGGUUCUUCUAUCAAUCUCCUAACACCCAACUGGGAAUUAGGAAUGCCAAAUAAGCUCACAGCAUCAUGGGAUAUCUCCAUUCAGGAAGACCAUGUGGCUGAACUGAGCUUCCUGAAUCAGUCAAUGCCUCACUGUGAGCAUGGACAUGUAAUUAUCAGUGUGGACGAGCAACGGGAGGACUCCAGCUUGAUCAGUUACCGGGAAACAGAUGCUCUGCCUGAUUCGCCCAUCACUCUGGCCCAUAGAUUCUGGCUCAAUGUGUCCAACUGCGAGCCUUCAAGUGGACAACUGAACCUCAUGUUCCACAUGCUGGUAAAGGAGUAUGAAGAUAACAUGAAGGUGCUGAUGAUCUGUGUCGCAGCAGUGGGAGGGUUGGCUCUGGUUGCCACUUUUGUUGUGAUCAUGUGUUGUUUGCGAAAACGGAGAAGACAGCAAAGGCAACCUGCUGUUGGUAUCUACAAUCCCAGUGUGAAAACUCACAAACCCAGGCACCAGCGGAAGUUUGGCAAAACUAGGCAGGAGAAUGAAUCUCAUAUUUACGCUGUUAUUGACGAAGACCGUGUUUAUGCUGAUUAUUUUAACAACACUCAGUUUCUGUCCAUUCCAGAGGUGGACGUGUAUCGGCCUUUCCAAGGCCCCAUGGGCAAUGUCCCACCUACUCUUCCACCUCCACGUGGUACUGUGCCUAAGGGGUCCAGUCCAGAGGCUGUGCCCAUGGUGUCCAACGAUCUAUAUACAUUUUCAGUAAAGAAGGCAGAUGUAAAAAACAAUGGGGAGGCGGUGGCUUUCCUUAGGAAUGGUGAAAAGGAUUCUAGCUCAUAGCAAAGCAUGUUUACUAGUACGUGUAACAGUCUAAAUGUGUAAAUAGCUGGCAUCUGUUCAAACAACUCAUUGCUUUUCAUGGACUGAUUUUACCAGUGAAUACAGCAGUGGUCGGUUUCCAGGUAACAUUUUUUCAGUGAGGGUUCAGCUUCCCUGCCACUGAGCCAGGAGCUCCUGAGCAGGUGUUUUCCAGAGCCUCCAGCCCAAUCUCAGUCUGUAGUGCAGUGCUUUGACCAUGGAAUGAUUGUUGGUGCCAGAUAGGGUGGUUUGAGUAUCUCAAAACCUGCUGAUCUGCCGGGAUUUUUCAUCCACAGCAAUUUACAGAGAAUGGUGUGUAAACCUGAAAACAUCUUGAGUGGCAGUUCUGUGGGCAAAAAUACCUUGUUAAUGAAAGAGGUCAGAGGAGAAUUACCAGACUGGUUCAAGCUGACAGGAAGGUGGCAGUAACUCAAAUAACCACACGUUACAAACAGUGGUGGGCAGAAGAGCAUCUCUGAAUGCACAACAUAUUGAACCUUGAAGUGGAUGGGCUACAGCAGCAGAAGAUCAUGAACAUACACUCAGUAGCUUCUUUGUUAGAUACAGAAGGUAUCUAAUAAAAUGGCCACUGAGUAUACAUAGGCAACUGGGGCCAAGGGGGUUUCUUGAAGAAGAGGGUGUAAGAAAGGGGUAAACUCUGUGUGCAGUCAGGGGACAUGGGUUAGGUCCCAAAGUGAAUACGUCUCUGUGUUCACCAAGCAGAAUUAAGGGGAUGAUAGUGAAUUCAGUGAAGAAUAUGUUGAUGAUCUGGAGAAUCUCAGUAUUAAGAAAGUGGAAGAUGUCCUAGAAAACAUAAGGGCUGAUAAAUCCUCAGGGCCACAUGAGAUUUAUCUCAGAACGUUAUGGAAAACAAAGUAGGAGAUUGCUGGGUUCCUGGUGGAUAUUUCUGCAUCUUUGUUAUUCACAAAUGAGGUACCAUAAGAUUGAAGGAUAGUGAAUGUUGUUCCUUUAUUUAAGAAGAGCAAUAGGGACAAGUCAGGUAUCUACAGGUGGAUGAACCUUAUAUUAGUAGUAGGAAAAUUGUUUGAGGAAGUUCUAAGAUACAUUUUGAAAGGCAGGGGUUGAUCAUGGCUUUGCAUAUGGGGGUGGUUGUCAUGUCUCAGUAAUUUGGUUGUUCUUUGAGGAGAUAACUAAGAAAUUGAUGAAGUGCAGUAAUAUCUAUAAGGCAUUUGACAAGGUGUUACAUGCUAGGCUGGUCCAGAGCAUAGGAAAAUAGGAGAAGGAGUAGAGCUCUCAGCCCCUCAGACCUGUUCCACCAUUCAUUAUGAUCAUGGUUGAUCUAUGCUGGACUCAACUCCCCUUCAGUACCAUUUCUCCAUACCUCUUGAUUCCUCCAUCUAUCAAAUCUUUAUCUAACUUCACUUUAAAUAAAUCAUGUGAUCCAGCUUCCUCCACGCCCUCCGCCAUCUAAGGAUAGAAAAUUCCAGAAAUUCGCCACCCUCUCUAAGAAAAGAACUUUCUGCACAUAUCAACUGUAAAUAGCCAGCCCUUUUUUUUAGAAUAUUAGAGUGUUUUUGACAACAGCAGACCACUUGGCCCAACACAGCUUGCCAAAUUCCUAGUGUGUUAAAGUUUAGAUUUGAGAGUCUCUAAGGUACAACUCUCAACUACACAAUUAGGUAGUUUGUUCCAUGUGUCCACAACUCACUGUGUAAAGAAAUGCUUCCUGAUGUUAGUCUGAAAUCUCCCUUUAACCAGUCUCCACCUAAGGCCCCGUGUCCUCGAUGACGGAUUAAUUUUGAAGUAUCAGCUGGCAUCCACCUUACUUAUACCCUUAAUGAUUCUGAACAAUUCUAUCAUGUCUCCUCACAUUCUAUGUCUACUUAGGCUAAAAAGAUUUAAUUCUUUCAAUCUUUCUUCAUAACUCGUACCCUGCAGACCUGGGAUGGGUCUCGUCACCCUUCUCUGAACUCUCUCCAGUGCCUUUACCUCCCCCACACAAUAUGGAGAUCAAAACUGUACACAGUUAGGAGGGUGGCCUUACAAGUGCAUUAUACAGCUUAAGGAGAACUUCUGUAGACUUGAACUUCACUGACCGCAUUAUAUAGCCCAGCAUUCUAUUCGCCUUCCUCAUCGCUUCUGUGCAGUGUCUAGAUGUUGAUAAUGAAGGAUCUACCAGGACACCCAAAUCCUCAUACAGUGCACUUUCUGACUCAAGACCUCCCAUGUAUAUUUAUAUCUAAUAUUUCUGCUUCUUGUAUGUAAUAUUUUUCUAUGUUUCUAUGUAAUACUUUAACAUUUACUUACAUUAAAUUCCAUCUGUCAUUUAUCUGCCCACAUCUGGAGUUUGUUUAGAUCUAAUUUUAUUGAUUCUGCUGUCUGAAUGUCAUCAGCCUGUCCCCCUAAUUUUGUGUCAUCAGCAAACUUUACUAGUUUAUUUGUUAUGUGCUUAUCAAAACAUUUGUGUAAAUUAAAAACAGCAGCGACCCUAAAACUGAUCCCUGCGGAGCCCCCAUUUAACAUCUUCUAGGUGUUGAAAUGAUCCUCUCACCAUAACUUGGUGUUUACUGUUUCUCAGCUAAUUCUGCACCCAUUUGCACACCCUAUCCUGAAUUCCUACCUCCUGUAAUUUGAUUGUUAACCUCUCAUUGGGUACCUUGUCAAAAGCCUUCCGAAAAUCCAAACAUCAUCCACUCUAUUGUUAUUAUAAAUUUUAGUUUCCUCUUCAUUGAAUUCCGGCAUAUUAGUUAGGCAUGAUUUCCCCUUUACUUUCUGCUAACAUGUCUGUUCUUAUCAGCUGUUUUUCCAUUCAUUCUUUAUUAUUGUUUGCCUACAAUACGUGCUAAGCUUACUAGUCUGUAGUUACCAAGGUCAGUGUGGUCACCCUCCUUGUAUACCCGGAUAAUGUUAACCCAUUUCCAGUCCUUAAGGAUUUCACCAGUCUUCAAUGACUUUUUAAAAAUACAUGUUAGUGGUUUGUAUAUAUAAUCACAGUCCUCUUUAAGUACCCUUGCAUAUAUGUUGUCUUGCCCUGGAGAUUUUCAGCUGAAGCAGGACCUCACUUCCUAAGAUCUGCAAGUCACUUAAAACAACCUUAUUUUUCUCUACACUUACUGGCAUAUUGCGAACAUCUUUGCAGGUGAAUACUUCAGCAAAAUAUGAGUUACAAGUAUCCACUAUGUCCUUCUCUGCAUAAUUUAAUACCCUCUAUUAUUCCUAAUACAUUUAACUUCCUCCUUGACUUUUACUACUAAAGUAUUGAAAAAAGUCUCUUGGGGUCAAUCUUAGCAUUAUCAGCAAUAUCCUUAUCAACCUGUCUUUUGGCAAUCCGAAUUUCCAUCUUGACUAUAGUGCUCAUAUUUUCUGUAAUCCUUAUAUAGCUGUCUUCAAUAUUUUGUAUGUACUGUAUAUCUUAUUGUUCCUAAAGGCUCAACAAUUUACAUACACAAAAUUCUAUCCUAAUUGUUACAGAAUAUCAAAUCUAGACAGGCCUCCCCUCUUGUUCGUACAUUAACAUACCGGGUCAAAAAACAAUCAUUUUAUAUUUCAAUGAACUCACUUUCCUGCAAUUAUGUCCCACUGUUCGUGACUGUCAUUGGUGAAAGCCUCUUGACAUCCACCUUGUCAAGCACCCUUAGAUCUGAAGCUUAAAUAAGGUUGCCUCACAUUCUUCUCAGCUCCUGGGAAUUGAGACCCAAACUGUUUAAUCUUCCGUUAUAGUACCUCAAACUAAUUUGAGGAAUCCUGUUUACCUUAAGCUAAAUUGUACUUCCAGUAUGUCAUUUAACUGGAGAAGGUGCAAAAUGAGUCAUAAGGAUGUGCCUGGACAAGAGGGAUUGAGUUAUAAGGAGAAGCUAAAUAAACCUGGAGUGUUAGGAAUAGCUCCAUGGUAUAAUCCAGAGAGAGAGAGAGAGAGAGAGAAUCUGAUUGAAAUUAGCAGUUGGGAGUUUGACUGGGAUCCUCAAAAUGUCGUAAAUUCAGUCAGAUUUUACAGUGUGCAUUAUGCUGUCGAACAGGGUUCCCCAAUUAGUUUCCACAAGGGCCAAAUUAUGUCAAGCAUGCCAAGCCAAGGGCCAAAACGUCCAGGGUUUUAUUUCAUUGUGCCAGUACGUUGUUUUGUGGGCAGAUGUUGUUGUUGCUGCUAUUACCAUUAUUAUUAUUAUUAUCAUUAGUAGUAGUAUUAGUAGUAGUACUAGUAGUAUUAGUAGUAGUAGUAGUAGUAGUGGUAGUAUUAGUAGUAGUAGUAGUGGUAGUAUUAGUAGUAAUAACUUAGGCCUGUGUUGUGGGUCACACAAGAAAAAAAAUGCACUCUUGAAACAAAAUAAGUCCAAAACCAACCAUUUAAUUAUGACUCUAGCUAUCACAACUGUCAGCUGUCACCUUGAGAACUCAUCUGGGACUUAAAACACACACACACACACACACACCCGUUCUCUCAUUUAAUCUACUUGUUCUUUUUAAUUAAGCUAUGUAGCAUUUGAAGUAUGAAGUGUGGCUAUAGAUGAAAUUAUCAGUAUUAUUGUUAUAAUAUUAUUAUACCACAAUAAGAUUGACAAAUGGACAAAAAUAAACUGGUUCAUUCACCAAUCAGUGAGGGAAGUGACAGCGACGAGACGAGGCAAUCCUCCUGAUGUCGGGCCUGUCUUCUGUUGUGGCAAUAGCCAAUAAUGGCACCGUCCUUAAUAGCUCCACAACCGUUUUCUUGGUUUUCUCAUCAAGACUUAAAACUUCGCCAACCAUAUCAAUUGCACACGUUUUAAUCAACUUGACAUCAGUGAAUGACUUCCUAGCUUUGACAAGAUUCCAUGACACAUGCAGUGAUGCAGCUGUUACGCUCUCUGGUGCAGAUGUUGACUUACAGAUAGUAAAAACGGAGUGCUUAUAUGAUAUUAUCAUAUUUGCAAUCUUUUGUUUGCGUUGACCUGAUUUUGCAGGGUAGUUGGCAUUAAAACUGGCAGCAUGCAGAGUGUUGAAGUGCUGCUUUAGAUUUUCUGAUUUGCAGACUGCAUGGACAUUGAGCAUGUUGGUUUAGCAUCGGCCUGGUCCGGUAAAAUAAAGCAAAACCAGUCAGAUUUGAACUGACAGUUUUCCUGGUCGACCUUGCGCUUUUUCGCACAGGCCAUGUUGUUCUCGGUUUAGGGUCCGUGACUUACUGUUGGUAACAAUUCGCUUAGAUGACAGAUUCGCUUUUAGAUGACAGAUUCGCUUCUUAGAUGACAGGCGGGUAGCUGGUGCGUGCCACUGUCUAGUCGAGGACCGUAGAGAGCAUGCAGUAGGUGGCGCGCUCUAUGGGGGCGUAGGUCAAGUGUACGGUGUGGGAUGAGCUUAAAAUUAAUUAGAGCAGUGCACACUUUAUUUACCUUAUGACAAGUGCGUUCACGUAAGUGCCAGUGGGUCGGCGCGGUCCGGACCUGGCCCGCGGUCCGCCUGUUGGGGUUGUCUGCUGUAGAAUGUCACGAUGUAGCCUGCCACAUGCACACAGAUCUGCUUGUGGCCACUGCGUGAUUUGAACAUAGAGCUUAGAAAAGUGUCGCAGGGCAACAGGCUCUUUAACUGAGCUAAUUAAGAUUCAAGACUGCUUAAUAUCAUUUUCAGUACACAAGUGUAAAGGAGUCAAAAUCCGAUGAGGUACAAAAAAACCCCACAAUAAGGUAAAGAACACAAUAAUAACGAAAACAUAAUAAAUAUAAAUACAUGGGAUAACAAAUAAAAGCAUAAGAUAUAGUAGCAGAAUUAGGCCAUUUGGCCCAUCGAGUCUGCUCCACCAUUUCACCAUGGCUGAUCCAAUUUUCCUCUCAGCCCCAAUCCCCUAAUCUCCCCCCACCCUCCCCCGUAUCCCUUCAUGCCCUGACCAAACAAGAAUCUAUCAACUUCUGCCUAAAUAUACAUAAAGACUUGGCCUCCACAGCUGCCUGUGGUAAAGAAUUCCACAGACUCACCACCCUCUGGCUAAAGAAAUUCUUCCUCAUCUCCAUUCUAAAAGGACGCACUUCUAUUUUGAGGCUGUGUCCUCUGGUCUUGGACCCUCCCGCCAAAGGAAACAUCCUCUCCACAUACACUCCAUCAACGGCUUUCACCAUUCGCUAAGUUUCAAUUGGGUCACCCCUCACUCUUCUGAAUUCCAGAGAAUACAGGCCCGGAGCCAUCAAAACCUCUUCAUAUGACAAGCCGUUUAAUCCUGGAAUCAUUUUUGUGAACCUCCUUUGAAGCCUCUCCAGUUUCAGCACAUCCUUUCUAAGAUAAGGGGCCCAAGUGAGCCUCACCAGUGCUUUAUAAAGUCUCAACAUUGCAUCCUUGCUUUUAUGUUCUAGUCCUCUUGAAAUAAAUGCUAACAUUACAUUUGCCUUCCUCACCACAGAUUCAACCUGCAAAUUAACCUUUAGGGAACCCUGCACAAGGACUCCCAAAUCCCUUUGUGCCUCAGAUUUUUGUAUUUUCUCUCCAUUUAGAAAAUAGUCAACCCUUUCAUUGCUUUACCAAAGUGCAUGACCAGACACUCCUGGACUCUGUACUUCAUCUGCCACUUCUUUGCCCAUUCUCCUAAUCUGUGUAAGUCCUGUAGCCUCCCUAUUUCCUCAAAACUACCUGCCCCUCCAACUGUCUUCGUAUUGAUUGCAAACUUUGCAACAAAGCCAUCAAUUCCAUCAUCCAAAUCAUCAAUAUAUAACAUUUUAAAAAACUGAUCCCAACACAGGCCCCUGUGGAAAACCACUAGUCACCGGCAGCCAACCGGAAAAGGCUCCCUUUAUCCCCACUUUACCUCCUGCCAGUCAGCCACUGCUAGAAUCUUCCUGUAAUACCAUGGAUUCAUAGUUUAUUAAGCAGCCUCACGCGUGGUACCUUGCCAAAGGCCUCCUGAAAAUCCAAGAACACAACAUUGACUGAUUCUCAUUUGUCUAUCCUGUUUGUUAUUUCCUCAAAGUAUUCCAACAGAUCUGACAGGCAAGAUCUUCCUUUGAGGAAACCAUGCUGACUAUGGCCUAUUUAUCAUCCUUAAAAAUUGACUCCAACGUCUUCCCACCCACUGAGGUCAGACUAACUGGCCUUUAAUUUCCUUUCUUCUGCCACUUUUCCUUCUCAAGGUGUAGAGUGACAUUUCCAUCUUUCCUGCCUUCUGGAACCAUUCCAGAAUCUAGUGAUUCUUGAAAGAUCAUUACUAAUGCCUCCACAAUCUCUUCAGCCACCUCUUUCAGAACCCUGAGGUGUACACUAUCUGGUCCAGGUGACCUAUCUACCUUCAGACCUCUAAUUUUCCCAAGAACCUUCUCUAGUAAUUAAAUUCAGUAAUUAAAUUAGUAAUUAAAACUAGUAAUUCUCUAGUAACCUUCUCUAGUAACUAAAUUCACCAUCUCUUUCCUUUACUUUCCAUUCAUUGUCCUUCCUUCUCGCUAGAAGAUACUCUUCUGUACUCUGUACCUUUAGUCUUUAAACACACUUCACAGAUCAGAUGUGGGUUUUCCUAUAAACCAAGGGUCCUUAACAUAGUUAUGAAAUGGACCCCUACCAUUAACCGGGGGGGGGGGUUGUGGAUCUCAGGUCAAGAACCCCUUCUGUAAACAGCUAUUCCCGAUUAACUAUCCCUUGUAUCUGCAAUUUGCCCUGCUCCAAUUUGAUAGUCAUUCACAAGGUCCACACUUAUCUAAAGCUAUCUUAAAAGUUAACAAAUUAUGAUCCCUAUUCCCUAACUGUUCUCCACCAAAAGUUCAGACACCUGGCCAGGCUCAUUACUCAACACCAGGUCCAGCUUGAUCAUUCCUUUUGUUGGACUAUCUUCGUUAUUGAUUUAAGAAACCCUCCUGGAUGCAAAUAACAAAUUUCAACCCAGUCCCAGUCCAUAAUGGUGAAGUUGAAGUCACCUGCUAUAACCUUGUCAUAUUUACCUGCAUAUCUGUUCCUUAAUGUCCCAAUAGUUAAUGAGGGGUCUACAGUAUAAUCUUAUUAGAGCGUUGUCCCUUAGUUUUAAGUCCUAGCUAUAUAGACUCAGUGGUGAGCUCUCCAUUAUGUUCACUGAGUACAACUGUGUCCUAGAUUAAGAGUGGAGCAUCUCCCCCCUCCCCCUACCACCUCCUCUAUCUUUUUUAUACCAUCGAAAGUCUGCAACAUUAAGCAUCCAUUCCUUCCCCUCUAUCAACCAAGUUUCUUUUGUAGAUAUAACAUAUUAUUGGUAAGGAUGAUGAAGUUAGAGCAUGGAUCACUACUGACCCAUGCUCAAAGUUUAUCAUCCUUACCCAUAACUCUGUUAGCAUUAAAAUCACACAUUUCAACCAUCUGUUCUUAUGCUAGGAAUGACAGCAAAACCAGUCACAGUUAACCACCCUACAAAGCUAUCACAGCUUUGUUUCUUCGCCUGCCUCCCAGCUCCAGUGACCUGGGUCCAGUCCUGAAAUCCGGGGCUGCCUGCACACUCUUCCUGUAACUCCUGAUUUCCUCCCACAUUCCAAAGACAAGUUGAUCAUUAUGUAAUUGGUGUAAAUCCUCAAAGUUUGGUGAAUGACAAGAGAAACAUAGUAAUGGGCCUGAGAAAGAUCAAGUUGCAGGGGUACAGGCAAUAAGGCCAGGACUGAUAAGAUUUACUCUACUACUACUACCACGUCGACUCAGGCCUAGGGGGCCGGCGUCGGGCACUUUGGGUACUCUACGGUUGCCCAAAAUGGAUCCAUCGGGUUGAAUGACUCCUCUGUGCUGCUGUCAAUGAAUAACGAAGGAAUCCUGAGUUACAUUUUGUUAUCCUCCCAGCUAUUUGCAAUCUUGUCCACUUGACAGGAUCUCAGCCUACUAUGGUAAAUGACCUGUAGAUCUCACACGUUUUUCUAUGACCACUGAGUUUUUCAAUGGGAUUUCAAAGCUAUUCUGAGCAUUUCAAAAGUAAUAUUUGUGGAUUGAAACUUGAUUUCAGAAAAUUUCAAGAUAACGUAUUUCAUGUUUUUAUUUUUUGUAUCUUUAUUUAUGAUCUUUUAGUUUUUACCUUCACAUAUG